GACAUUCAAUAAUACAGAGAGACCUCGUAUGACAUAACCACAGAACACUAUGUCAGGGCCAAAUAAAAAGAAGAGCAUGAAUGUGCCUUACGCACGGGAUAGGCGUGCGGUAGAAGCGGAUCACAAGCGUUCCCGGUCAUUCAUAGACCUACAGCAUAGUCGUACGAAUGGCAGCGCAGGGUUGAAUGUCAAUGCGAAACCAUAUAUGAAGUUGGAACCAGGUGCACCACAGUAUGUGUUCACUCAGCAGCAAGGAUACAGCGGACCUGCCGACGUGUCGGGGCAGAGUGACUUUGACAGUUAUUCUAGCUUUGUGCAACCACAGCAACAAAACAACUUCUCAGCAUAUUUCAGCGGUGCACAGAAUACUUAUCUACAGCAAGGAACCACACAAGCCGAUUACAGCGUAAACCAGCACACGCAGACGGACUAUAACAACAACGGCGGCAAUACCUCACGCGACCACGAUAUACACAUCCAACAGCAACGCCAGCAGCUUCUGCAGCAACAGCAACAAAGGCAACAGCAACAACAACAGCACCAGCACCAGACUCGAGAAUUCCAGUCUAGUUCUGGUCUCCCGCAGAACCAGUACGGCAAUCAGCAUAAACCAGGAGACACGCUCAACAUGCUCAACUUAGAAUCUCAAGCCCGUAACAUAAACAACCCCGAGGUGGGUACAUUUCCCACUGCUAUCAUCACCGCCAGCGACAACACUCACGCUGCCCACAGUUACUAUGCUGGCAACCUCGCAACAGGGUCAAGCCCCAUGCCAAACUUCCACACAGGCGCUUACAACUUCGAUAUGGGCCUGGUUAAGCCAGACACAACUCUGGACGACGACUUCCAGUCACUGCUUGACUCUGCACAUCUCAGUGCGUUUGACGAAGCCGACUUCGACAUGUCCAUGAUGAGAAAUCGUGCGUAUGCGAAGUUGGAUGGGUUAGUACAGCCAGUUCAUUCAGUGCAAUCACCAACGGACACAAAGCUCAGCGUAGGAGACAAUGCUGCGCAUAGUGUGUGCAGUGGCGAGAGUGGUGAUUACGACCACGUUUUACGAGGUAUGUAG